AUGUCAAUCGAAGACUUAGAUGGGAGGACUGUCCUGGCCUCAGUUACAGAGACAAUCAAUGCUCCGGCCAACGAAAUUUGGCCGUUUCUGUCAGCGAUCGGAGCCGAGCGGGUCCUGAUCCCGGGCUGCACCCGGUCCGCAGUCCUGGAAGGAUACGGCCAGGGCGCCGUCCGUCGCGUCUACUUUGGCGAAGCCUAUUUUGACGAGCGCAUUGUCGUGUGCGACCAUAUUACUUUUAAGCUGCAGUACGAAGUGCUUGAGCCGAGCUUGAGUCCGGCGAGAGAAGUCCUUGCGGCCGUGCAACUUCAUCCUUCCGGUCCAGAGGAGACGACCGUCACCUGGGUAUCUGGGGCCAGACGAGUUGAGGAGCAGCAUGAGGAAAGCGUUAAGCAGCAGGCUGUGGGAUUCUGCCAAGGCCAGAUUGCAUCUCUGAGGAGGUUGACUCAGACUACAAAGGUUUCUUCAUAG